CUCAACUUGAAAUGUCGUUAUUUCAGAGGCAUAACCUGUGCUCAUAUGCAUCUAAUAUUCCCUAUACAUCAUUCUUAACUAGAUAUACAUGUCCUGUAAUAAAUCUUUCACUUGUGUUUUGGAAUUGGAAUUGAACCAUCAUCAUGUCUGAAGUAGUGGAAGCACCUGUGAGCUCCAAUGAAUCUCUGUCAAAGUAUGUGCAAGAAAUGUCUAUAGAUGGUGAUGAGCCACCUCCAAGGUAUAUUGUCAAAGAAUUUCCCAAUCCUUCUCCUCCAUCAGCCUCCAUUCCUGUCAUCGAUCUCAGUCUACUAUCUUCUGCAGAAGUGCUUGGAAAACUUAAAUCAGCUCUCAGCUCUUGGGGUUGCUUCCAGGUUGUAGGACAUGGGAUUUUGAGUUCAUUCCUCGACAAAAUACGGGAUGUUGCAAAACAGUUCUUUGCACUUCCAACAAAUGAGAAAGUCAAGUAUGCUCGUGCAUCCUACGACAUUGAAGGCUAUGGAAACGACCCAGUUCUUUCUGAUAAGCAAGUUUAUGACUGGUGUGAUCGCCUCUUCCUUAAUCUAAUCCCACAGGACUCGAGAAAGCAUCACCUUUGGCCUACCAACCCAACUGAAUUUAGAGAAGUAUUGGAUGAGUAUUCGGUGAAAAUGAAGCUGAUGGUGGAGCUUCUCCUUAAGGCCAUGGCAAGAUCAUUAAAUUUAGAGGAGGAUUGCUUCUUGAAACAAUAUGGGGAUCAAGAAGUCAUGGCAGCAAGAUUUAAUUACUAUCCUGUAUGUCCAAGGCCAGACUCAGUUCUUGGAGUUAAAGCUCAUUCGGAUGGAUCUGUUAUAACCAUUCUUUUACAAGACCAAGAAGUGGAAGGUCUUCAAAUGUUCAAAGAUGAUCAAUGGUAUAGAGUACCAAUACUCCCUCAUGCUCUUGUCGUCAAUGCCGGGGAUCAGAUGCAGGUAAUGAGUAAUGGAAUCUUCAAGAGCCCUCUGCACAGGGUAUCAACAAGUUCAGAGAAUGAUAGGAUAUCCCUGGCAGUGUUCCACUUGCCAAAUGCAGAAGUAGAGAUAGAACCGGUAAAAGGUUUGAUUGAUGAAAAAAGGCCACAACAGUAUAGGAAGCUUAAAAAUUAUGCUGCUAUCAACUUCGAAUGCUUCCAGAGUGGGAAAAUAGCUCUUGAAACUGUUAAAAUAUAAGUCCCAACUAUUAUUUCAUGUUUUUUUUUUUUAAUCAAAUUCAUCUCAUGAGUGAAUAAUUUAGCAUAUGCUUUGAGGUAUAC